UGUCAAUUCAUGAUUCCAAAUAAACAAACAAUAACAAUAUUCUAGAUAUCAAUCAAACUCAACACCUUUUCGAGCGAUUUCUGAAUUAAACUUCCGAAGGUAAUAAUUAGAAGGGUUACUAACACAUUGUGGAAUCGAUAUUACCAUGGAAGAGAAAUCGUCCAAUUUCUGGUGGCUAAAAAAUAAAUCAACACAAGAAAUCGAAGAGCCAGAUAACACAGUGUACGCUGAGAAGGAAUUUAACGUGUCUACGAAUUCAUUAAUGGAUAUUCUAGAAAAAGAAUCUGAAAAUUUUAGAGAAAAAGGUGAUUUGGAUGAAGAUGUUGACGUGGGUAGUAUAAUUGAAGAGAUCAAUAGAGUGGCUGCUCAGAGUCCUUUGGGACCUUUCGACAAUAAGUUGAGUGAAAGAAGUGUUGAUGAACUGAUGAGAGAGGCUGAGAAAAUAUAUAUGGAGAGUUCUAAAAGUUUUGAACAGCUCAGCCAAAGGUCAAAGACAUCUCAGAAUAUUUCUGAGAUCUCCUCAGGUUCAGAAAACUCAACUCCGACACCAAAAAGUGUCAGUCCUUUGCCUUUAGAUACGAAUCCUGAUGAAAUUUAUGCUGACAAAAUAAUUGCAAAGGAUGACCGAGAAGUGUUUUACAGCGAAGAUUUUUCUGAUGAUAGCAAAAUUGAUUCCUCAGAAUCUACUCCAUCAGUUGAACAAAAUUUGCCUUUACCUUCCAAAAACAAUUUUAGUAUUAAACAGAGCUUUUCUGAGAGAAACAUCAAUGGAAAAGUUGAUUAUUCUAUACAAAAUUCUCAAAAAAGUGUGACUGGAAAUAGUGCCAAGAAUUCUAAAAUAUCUUCUAACAAAUUGAUUCAAAGUAUGAGUGAUACUAAUUUUCUAGUGAACAGAAAUAAGGAAGUUGAAGAGAAAUUAGAGUUUGAACUAAAAAGGAGGGACAUCGAAAUGAAACAAAUGGACCUCAAAAAUGACCUCAUCCAAGCAUUGGAAGAGGAUAACAGCAGAUUAAAAACUGAUAUGUUUGAAAUCAAGAAUGAAUUGGAAAAGACGCAAAUGGCCCUCAAAGAGCUCAGAUCAUCAUCUAAGGCCAGAACACCAGACGUUACUGUCGAACUCGAGAAAACUCUGGACGAGCUUAAAGACACCAAAGAAGUCAACACCGCGCUGCAACUCCAACUGGACACUCUCACGCAAACGCACGUUCUCCUCAAGAACGCUCAAGAAGACCUCCUCAACCAGAAUCGAAACCUGGAGAGACGCCUCGCUGACGUCGACACCUCACUUGCCAAAUACAAGCACGAGCUGCUCAACGUGCAAAGACACAGGGACAAGCUGAUGGAGAAUGAACUCAGCCUGAACAAACUGUUGGACAUCGAGAAGAUCCAGACCAGGAGUUUGAAGGCGCAGAACGAAACCGACGCCAAAUGCAUCCAGGACUUGAACCGGCAGAUCAAAGAGAUGGAGAGGAUCAUCGCCAGAAAACACCCGGACUCUGUUUCUGCCUUGAUAAUGGCCGCCAAAACUGACGCUACCGAUUCCAAUUUGACCGCGAGGAAACUGUUAGAAGAUCGGAUCAAAACUCUUGAGCUUGAAUUGCAAGCCAAGGAAAAACAGUCGUCCCAAGUCUUCAACGAUAUCCAGGAGAAGUUCAACCAAAUGAAGGCGAAAUACGAGAAUCACAUCGAAGAUUUGGAACUCCACGUGAACGAUCUCAAGGACCAGUUGAAGAAGAAGAACAAUUGCUUCGAUAUGUACACGCAGACGCCGCCUAUACUCGUGAAAGCCCAUGAGAUACCUGAGAAAGAAACAACUUCAGUUUCAACCCAAACAGACUCCGUGCCAACAAAACCUCCUAAAGUGAUAGCUGUGAAGACGAGCGCCAGGGUUAGCGAGGGUAAAAGCGAAUCUCAUCUGCUGGCUACCAUAAGGGGACUCCAGUCGGAUUUGUCGUGCAAAGAGAAAGCCAUAUUGAAGAUGCAGAGGGAGAUGGACGAGAUCAGGAAGACCAACAAGAGGUUGCAGAAGGAGAGGGAGGGUAGUUUGAAGAGUAUCAACGGGGAUUUUAAGGCGGGAAAGGAUUUUAAGAAUUUUCCGGAGAAGUUGGCUGUGGUGGUUGCACGGACUAAAUCGCCAACUGAUUCUAAGGUGGAUGUUACCUCUAGAGAAGAACUGGAUUCGACCAAGUCGGAUUUUGAGACGGUUAAGCAGCAGCUUUACAGGAUAGAAAUGGAUUAUCAGAACCUCAAGAAGAAGAGGAUACAUGAUCUUAACGCCUUGCAAGAAGCCCAUGAGCGAGAGAUAGCCGAAUACAUAAAAAAUCUGCAACCCUUACGAGAGCAACUGGAGCUUCAGCAGCUGUCCAUCAAUACGCUACAGACCCAGCUCGCCUGCACCAAAGAAGAACUGGCAAUAGUGACAGUUGAGCGUGAUCAUCUCAACGAUCAGAUGGCCGCAGUCGAUAAAAGUGUUUUCUGUACGAGAAACGUUAUCUCGGAUACUGACGUGGUAUCGUUACAGAAAAAACUUGCUGCUGUUGAGAAGAAGUACGAAGAAAGGGAGCAUCGACUGAGAGCUAUUGUGAACAGUUUGGCGAAAAGAAGUGUUAUGAACGGGAACUGUGAACAGUGCGAGGAAAGGCAGAAACAGUUGAUCGCGUACAAGAACGAAUUGGACCAUAUUAUGGCGUCUGUGAGAGCUUUAAAAUGAAGUGUCAAAAGACGCUGAGUGAAUGUUCUAGUCAUUUUUCAAUGAAAUUCCGAGAUGCGCUAGUAGGAAAUAUAAAAUUGAUGAAUUUUUAAGGCGAAAAAUUGUAUUGUUGAUUAUUAUUGAUCUCUUCCAUUGUAGUGAUUAUUAUAGUUGUUUAAAAUUGGUAAAUUUUCUUUAGUACUGGCAUCUAGAGAUUUAAAGCUCGACUGAAAGGGAUAAGUAUAAUCUGUAAUUUAAAAAAUUUAUAUUUAACACUUUUUUUUUAUAGAUGAUUGUUUUUAUACCUGAAAUAAAGAUUUUUAUAAGCA